UAUUUCCGGCGAUCUCACAGCCGGAAUAUUCCACUCUCAAGGUCGUCGCCCUCACCUUUAGGUCGUCGGAUCUUAUACCUUCAGGCCGUCGCCCUCACCCUCAGGCUGUCGGAUCUCGCCCGCUUCGUCUUUGUCGGAUCCGCCGUCUUCUGCAUAAGCAGGUACAGACUACAGAGAGUAUGGAAUUGAAAGACAAGGAGAAGAAGAGGAGGAAAAAGAAGAGAGAUAAAGAGGAAGAUGACAAUAAAGAGAGUACAAGCAUUGAUCAAGAAGGCGAAAAGAUUGGUUUUUUAUCACUAGAGUCUAGUGAGAAAUCCACUACUGCAGGGGAUAUAGAACAUUAUCAAAGUGAAGAGUGCGAUGGUUCAGUUAUUGGUAAUAAGAAGAGAAAAGGGGAAGUCAGCAUUGACUCAGGAACUGAUAAGAAGAAGAGGAAGAAAAAUGAGCAGAAGGAUGGAGCGAGUGACAGGGUGAAACCCUCAUCAGGAAAAGCUAAGAAAGCUACUACUAAGGAUAAGGUUAGAAAAGAGACACAGGGACCUACUUCGCCGAUGAAGAAGAAAGUGGCAUCUCAGCCAGAGGAAAAAUCUAAAUUGAAGAGGGUUAGUUUUUCUGGCGACAUAGAGGUAUUUCCUCCCAAGGUUAACUCUGACGGUGAAGAAGAAGAAUAUGACGAGGACAACUUGGUCCGCGGGAAAAGAUUCACCGAGGCAGAAGAUCAGUUGAUCAAAGAUUCUGUUUACAAUUACAUAAAUACAAAUCAAUUAGGAGAGAAAGGCUUGGAAAUGGUACUCAAUUGCAGAAAAUAUAAAGAAGUGAGAGGUUGCUGGAAGGAAAUCAGUGCUACCAUACCUUAUAGACCUCUUGUAGCGGUGUAUUGUCGAGGGCGUUCUUUAUUUGAGAGGAGCGAAGAGCGUGGUUUCACUGAAGAAGAGAAUGAAAUUAUUAGAAAGUUUCAUGCAGAAUAUGGAUCAGACUGGAAGAAGCUGUCAGGAAUUCUUGGGAAGCAAAGGAUCCAUAUAAAAGAUGCUUGGCGAAGGAUAAGACUGCCAAAUAGAAAAAAAGGGCGGUGGUCUCAGGAUGAGUACCAGUCUUUAUUUGAUUUGGUGAACUUGAAUUUGCGGAUGAAAGCCUUUGAAGAAAAGAAAUCUACUAAUAACAUGAUUAGAGAAGGUAUAUCUUGGGAAGCAAUUAGUGACAAGAUUUCUACAAGAACAAUGUCAGGUUGCUGCCAUAAAUGGUAUGACCAGCUAACAUCACCCUUGGUCCAACAAGGUUUAUGGGCUGAUACAGAUGAUUAUCUUCUACUGGAUGCUCUUCAGGAGCAAGAAGCUUGCACUGUAGAAGAUGUUGACUGGGACAAUCUUGUUGAUGGACGGCCUGGAGAAGUUUGCGAAAGAAGGUGGGUAGAAAUGGUAAGACACAUUGGUGGAUAUCGGGAGAGGCCAUUCAUCGAACAACUUGAUGUUCUCAGCAAGCGUUACUGUGGAGAUAUGCUCGAAUAUAGAUUUAAGCAACAUGAGAAGGAAGAGGAAGGGACAGAGAGAGAGAAAGAGAAAGGGAAAAAGAAAGGGAACGUUUUUUAUUCUUAUAAUUGUGUAUGA